UCCGGUGGGUACUUCAAGCAGCAGACACGUUGAGACCGAGACUAGGCGAGAGGCGAGUCACGGUGUGUGUCGCAAUUGCGACCAACUGGGAGCGCAGAGCUCGGGAGGCUCCGAGUCGGUUGCUCUGUCGAUUCACGUCAUCUUGACCGCAAUUUCAAUUCCACAUCAAGUGCGAAUCCAGUCGAAGAGCAGCGCCUGUGGGGUGGCAGUCGCCAAUCUCGCAGCAAGAUCGGCGUAUAAAUACCCUUCACCGCCGCAUCACCCACACCUCACCUCGCCUGCGGUCCCGCUGCCACAAGCCCUACCUUCGUCACCACUGAUAUGGCAUUGCCCGCGGACGUCAUACAUUGUAUCCUUCCUCAUGUGCAGAGUCGACGCGAUCUCGAGUCUGCGUCGCUAGUCAACCGCGAGUUUGCAAACAUAUCACGGCGAUACGUGUUUCGUCAGAUCUCUAUAUGGAUUCAUAAUGGCACCGAGCGCUUCCGUGGCGUACUAGAGUUCCUACGCUCGAGACCGGACGUGUGCAGUUACGUCCAGGAGCUCGUCGUUACUGGCAUCAAGGCGCCGUUCCUCCAACUCGUGCUAAAUCAACACCAGGGAGAAGGUCUUGAAGUCAUCAGUCACAUCGAUGCCCUCGAGAACGCGCUGAAGGAAGGCUUAUUCACAAACCUCAAGAAGCUGGAGUGGGACAUUGAAGAGACAAUCACCACGACGUUCGCAAACACUGUUCAUAAUGCAUUCCCUCGCUGUGAUUGGGUCAUCUCAACGUAUUCCGGAAACCCGCUGCCCCCGCUGCCCAACCUCAUCUCCUUGUCGUCUGUGACAUACUACAACGUUGAGGCGUUGCUCUACUACCAGCCGAUCCUCCUUCGCGCUCCACGACUCCGCACUCUGGAUGUCGUGUCGUUCCGGCCUAGGGGCUCCUCCUUUCCGACACAUGGUGCGCCGCCCUUCAUGGAGCACGACCCGAACCUGGCGGUCUCCAGAGAGGCCUAUCCAGCAAUCGAAGAACUCACCAUGCGCUGGUUGCUAUGGUCCCUUGAGGGCGCCCGCCAGUGUCUUCAGAUGAUGCGUUGUUCGCAGCUGCGUUGUCUAAAGCUGAUGCAUGGCAACUCCUCCCCAUUCUUACAAGGCUGUAUACCUACCCGCCAAACGUUGCCCGCACUUAGGGAAUUCAAGCUAGUGGAACCCCACCUGCUCAAUCCAGAAACCUUUCGGGAUGCCCUCAAACAAUUCCUAGCGACUAUGGCUUCAGGGCUCCAUGACUUGCAAAUCGAAGCGUCUUGGCAGACGUUGGUUCCUACUAUCGCGGAGCACCACGGGGAGACACUGCGCUCACUAGUCCUCCACGAGAGCGAGCGCGGCCGGGCACCGCAAAGGAGCACGCUCAAGCUCGCCGACCUAAUCGCGUUGGGGAACACUUGUGUGUCCCUCAGACAUUUAGGCGUCGAUGUAGAGGCCGAUUACUCUGUCCCGGGGCCCGGUAUUCCUGGAGGCGAGUCUUUCGCUGCGGUUGUCAACUCGCCGGCCUACUUCCCUUCUCUGCGGCAAAUCACGCUUUGGGCUCCUCUCGGCCUCAUGGACAUAGCAAACGUGCUAGAGUCACAAGGCAAUACCUUGGAUGGAGAAGACCCUUUGUAUGUCCUCGAAGAACACGCAUAUAAAAUCUUGGAUCCCAGUCUAUGCGACACGGACAACACUGAGCAGCGGGAUAGAGGUAAGCUCGAGUCACUGACCGUCAAUCUCGGCGAACAAGAGAGGGAAUUCGGGGCACGGUACCCAGACCGUGAGUCUGUCCUCCCUGUUGAUUCCUUCAUCCAACUCACUUAGCAUUUCUAUCCAGCUUGGGAGAUCUGGGAGAUGGACACCCGGACGCAGAGAUAUCUCGAGAAGGAAUAUGACACGGAGAUUGCUAUCCGUAUGUACGGUCUAAAUGAUGCCUCAUACGAGCUGUCGGGCACACAGCGUCCUCAUCUGUGGUCCGUCACGCACGAUAACGAGUGGGUAGAAGGGCCCGACCUCGAGGACGAUCCCUGGGACGAAGAAGCAGAGACUGAACCGGGCAGUCAGUGAUGGCGAUAGGUGCCACAUACUCACGCAGAUCCUGUGAGUGUGGGAAGUGGCCUCAGCCUCAGGUGAAGUCGAUGGCGGCCUGCCAGUGGCUAGUGAAGGGAUUGAAGUGAUGUUUUCGGUCGGCUAUGACAAGAACGAGUGCGAAUCACAGCUACUCGCCGGUGUAUGGUAUAUUAUAUAUAACUAACACAUCUUUUAA